AUGGCCCCUUCUGCAACGGAUAUCCUGCCGGAGGCCAGCAGCGCAUCUAACAAGGGCCUCACUCUGUCUAAGCAGACCUCGCAUUAUGUCGACUUGUGGUCCAAACAUGUGGCCGUCGAGAGUGCCCAAGACCACAUCAUCACCGAUGUAGAUGGGAAGAAGUACAUAGACUUCAUCUCUCAGUUCGCCGUCAUGAACUUUGGCUAUUCUCACCCUAAAAUUGUCAAAGCUGCCACUGAGCAAAUUCAAAAGAUGCCGCUCGUCGGCACUGCCUACAUCAGCCCUCUCUAUGCCAAGUUUGCAGAGCGCAUCACAACGAAAUUCGGCUACGACUCUAUUGCAACCAUGCUCAGCGGCUCUGAAGCUGUCGAAUCCGCUGUCAAGAUCGCUCGCAAGUGGGCUUACACCAAGAAGGGCAUCUCGGAGGGUGAAGCCUGGAUCCUCACCACCGAUCAGUGUUAUCACGGGUUGACACUAGCAACCAUGCCUCUUGCUACCGUCGUUGCAAAGAACUUUGGCCAACACGUUCCCAAUGUCGGCCCGUAUGCGCCAACGAGUGGAAAGCUGAUUCAGUAUGGGGAUGUGGAAGUGCUUGAAGAAACCUUCAAGCAAGAUGGCCACAAGAUCGCAGCUUUCCUAGUCGAAGCUGUUCAGGGUUGGGCUGGUACUCGCUUCCCACCAAAGGGAUAUCUCAAGGCUGUGCAAGAACUCUGCAACAAGUACAACAUCCUCUUUAUCUGCGACGAGAUCCAGUCGGGUUAUGGACGAACUGGCAGGGACUUGGCGUACCAACACGAAGAAGGCGUCCGUCCAGAUCUGGUCACGCUUGGAAAGGCGGUUACUGGAGGAUUUUACCCCAUGUCUGUCAUCAUGGGCAAGAAGGAUGUGAUGGAUGUCCUCGGUAAGAACGAGGUCCUCUCAACCUUUGGCGCAGCCCCUGUCGCAUGCGCUGCAGCCAUAGCUUCUCUUGAAGUUCUCGAGGAAGAAAAGAUCUCGGAGCGCUCUCAACGUCUAGGAGAACUACUCGCCAAGACAGUCAAGAAGUUGUCGCCCCCUCACGUCAAGGAACUCCGAGGAGGUGCCCUCUUCCAAUCUCUUGUUCUAGACGAGUCUGUCCCUGGCGUCACCGCUCGACGGGUAGCUGCACUGGCCGCGCUCAGAGGAGUUUUGGUGGGCAUCGGAGCUGGUCGCCUGCGCUUCAGCCCGCCAAUCACCAUUACUGAGGAAGAUCUUGUCAAGGCUAUCGAGAUUGUCGUACAGGCUCUGAAGGAUGUUACUACUUUGGGCGAUUUCCCUGGCAGCGACUUUAUCAACUAG